UCAAUCACAUCAGUCGCAGUAUCGGAUGUGGAGUAGCCUAGACGGUUUCUAACCAAAUGACUUGGUUUAUUUUUGUGUAGCCUAUGUGUGUCUGAAGAUAGAGAGUGAGACCACUUGGUAGGCUAUCUACCGUAUAGGCUGAGUGUGUCUGCGCUCCAGUAAGGUCUGAUGUGUGGACCACCCCUCAGUACUGCGGUGCAGUAGUGAAGGAUAAAUAUAUCCCCCUCCUCCUCCUUUCGUUGAGUCCGCAACAUCCUGACUGGCCGAGGCUGGUGAUCGCAGGCAGCGGCAGCGGCAAGCCCACAAGACGGAUGAAUUAGAAAACCUGCUGUAACCACCGCCACCCCCCUUUUUCUUUCAUUUAUUUUCUAUAGUGAAGAGUCGGGCUGUAAACACUGCUGCCCUCAUCUUGGCAGUGUGAAGCGGACAUAAGGCUUCCAGUGUGCAGAUUCACCAUGGGGAUCAAGGCUGCCCUCCCCAGAUAUGAGCUGUAUCUCUACACAGCAGUGCUCGCCGUGGCCUUGAUAUGGGCAGGCAGUUGGAUAUUUGAAGCUUCAAGUGAGAAUGUAAACAGAAAGGCCUUCAAAGAAAGUGUGAAACCAGGAUGGCAUUACUUUGGCAGGAAAAUGGAUGUUGCAGACUUCGAAUGGAUGAUGUGGUUCUCUACAUUCCGCAAUCAUAUCCUUUUUGCUCUCACCGGUCACGUUAUCUUUGCCAAGAUAUUCACCCUGCUAGCUCCAAAGAUUGGUAUAGAUGGAUGUAAGCACAGAUCCUUGAUCUUUGGUGUGUACGGUUGUUUGGCAGUCCUGAUCACGAUGGGCUGGACCUUCAUGGCUCUGGUUCUGUCUCACUGCAUCAUACUCUACAGCGUCGCCCUGGUCAAGAGCAAAUGGAUGUGCUUUGCGGCCGGCCUGACCACGCUAGCCUCUAUCAAGCUGGAGCCCUAUAACUCCUGGCAGGAAACCUUGGUGACUGGCUCUUUUGACCUGCAAGACAUCCUGUUCUAUGGAGGCUGCGGCUUCAGCAUCAUGCGCUGCAUGAGCUUUGCAUUAGAGAACUGUGAGAAGAAGGACGGCAACUACACAUUCUCUGACCUGCUGAGAUACAACUUCUACCUCCCCUUCUUCUUCUUUGGACCUAUCAUGACGUUCGACCGUUAUCAUGCCCAGGUGAACAACACCCAGCUGACCCGCAAGGAAAGGGAGAUGUGGAACAUCACCACCAAGGCCUUGUUGCAUCUGGGUGCUAUUCUGGUGGUGGAUGUCUUCUUCCACUACCUGUACAUCUUGACAAUCCCCAGUGACAUGAAGCUGGUCACCAAGCUUUCUGACUGGUGUCUGGCUGGUCUGGCUUAUUCUAACCUGGUGUAUGACUGGGUGAAAGCAGCCAUGAUGUUCGGUGUCAUCAACACUGUGGCUACACUGGACCACCUGGACCCUCCUCAGCCUCCCAAGUGUAUCACCAUGCUCUACGUCUUCGCUGAGACGCACUUUGACAGAGGCAUCAAUGACUGGCUAUGCAAGUAUGUUUAUGACUUUAUUGGUGGGGAUCACAAUAAAAUCUUCAAGGAGCUCCUGGCAACCUUCUGCACCUUCGCUAUCACCACCUUGUGGCUGGGCCCAUGUCAGCUGGUUUACAUCUGGUCUUUUUUCAACUGCUUUGGCCUCAACUUUGAGCUGUGGGUGGCCAAGUUCUUCUCCCUUCCGCCAUUUUCUACCAUAGAGGGUGCAAUGGGUGAAGCCAUGUCACGCAGGAUUCGGGGUGUGUUCAAUGCUGCCAACUUCUGGGCCAUUGUCCUCUACAACGUUCUCUCCCUGAACAGUUUGGAGUUUGCCAAACUGGUGGGAAGACGACUGAUUUUCAAAGGUUUUCCAUUGUCCACUCUCUCAGUGUUACUUGUGACCUACUGUGGCGUGCAGCUGGUGAAGGAAAGGGAGAGACAGCAAGCCCUGCUGGAGGAUCCGGAGCCGGUGAAGCCAGUAGAUGGUGGCAAAGAAAAAGCGGAAUAAACAGACAGAAAAACUGACUUUCACAGACUUCACGGUCAACAGCCCCCUCACAUUGUUCCAUCCUCGGCUUUGCGAACUGCACCGAACCAGACUGUAGCCAGCCAGUCAGCACCUCUGUUGUUCACAAGCCUGUGUUUUUGUUUGUCAGAAGCGAGGCAAUGUUUUGAACUGUGAAAUAUCCUCAAGUGCACUUGCUGUAGAUAAUCACCACGUCCUUUGGCACAAACCCACCGAUGGUGCAUUUUGUAUUUGUAUUUUAUCUGAACAAAAGAUUGUUUAGCAAAUGACAGGCCUGACAAAUAUUUUAUGAUGCUUUACCUAAUAGUAUAUAUAAGGACAUACAUAAUUUUAAAGGAACAACUACUUUGCUCUGUGUGGUUGUCUCCUGUGUCUCAGAUAUGGACAUUUUUCCUUAAAAAAAAAAAAAUCAUCAUCAAUAUGAUUGUUUUUAGUCAGAUGGUGUCUUAAUUUUGCCUUAGACGCCUCAGAUCUUAAUCAUCACAAUGUUUAACCACACUGAAAGGGUUAAAAACUUGGAAAAAAUCUUGAAGUCAGGGUGCCACCUGUAGAGUGCAAUGAAGAAAAUAAACAUAGGGUGCUGUGAUUGUAAUGUAUAUUUGCUGUGCUGUCACAAAGCAAAAAUACAAGUCACAAUGUAUAGAAUAGUCUAUUCUAAUGUUGAUUGAGAAUGUAUUAGAUCUCUUAUAAUGUUGAAAAAUUGAAUGUAGUUCAACCAUCCAGAGAAUGACUUCACCACCAUAUCGUCUGCAGGAUAUUACUGUAGGUGUGACAUUUUGGCAUAUCUUCCCUCCGCCCUCUUUCACAUGAUCCAGGCCCUCAGUUCGCUAAGAAAGGCAAUAGGCCCAGCGGGGAAUAUGGGUCAGUCUUAUCCUGCCUGUCAUCGAAACCUGCUGUGUGUCUUCAGUGCAGCAGGCAGAGAGAAAAUGUUUAUGCAGAUUGUAAUGCCUUUUAUCACUGUAGGGUUUUUAUUCAAAGGUGUUCAUUUCAAGCGUUUGACAUGAAAUAAAGUUUUGUUUCAUCCAAAAGUGA